CCCCGCUCCGCCCCGUCCCGUCUGUCCGGACUUUACCUCCCAGCUGGGUCCGCGUCGUUCCGGGCCAUGUGAGCGGCGGGUCGGGCCCCGGGGUUGCCACCGGCGCGGGAUGGAGCGCAGGAAGGUCUUCGUGGUGCUCGACGUGCUCUGCCUGGCGGUCGCGUCUCUGCCCUUUGUCAUCCUGACGCUGGUGAACUCCCCGUACAAGCGGGGCUUCUACUGCAACGAUGACUCCAUCCGCUACCCCUACAAGACAGACACCAUCACCCAUGGCCUGAUGGCUGGGGUGACCAUCACCUGCACUGUUGUCAUUAUUUCCUUAGGGGAGGCUUAUCUGGUCUACACAGAGCGCCUCUACUCCAAAUCAGAGUUCAACAACUACCUGGCUGCCCUCUACAAGGUGGUGGGGACCUUCCUCUUUGGGGGGGCCAUCAGCCAGUCCCUGACUGACCUGGCCAAAUACAUGAUCGGCCGCCUCCGGCCAAACUUCCUGGCUGUCUGCAAUCCUGACUGGUCCAAGGUGAACUGCUCCAUCUAUGUGCAGCUGGAGAAUGUCUGCCAAGGAGAGAGCAGGAAUGUCACUGAGUCCAGACUGUCCUUCUAUUCUGGACACUCCUCCUUUGGGAUGUACUGCAUGAUGUUCCUGGCGCUCUACGUGCAAGCCCGGCUGGUGGGGAAAUGGGCCCGGCUGCUGCGUCCCACCAUCCAGUUCCUGCUCAUCGCCUUCGCCAUCUACGUGGGCUACACCCGGGUGUCUGACUACAAGCACCACUGGAGUGAUGUGCUGGCAGGGCUGCUCCAAGGGGCUCUCAUUGCCAUCCUCAUCGUCCGCUACGUUUCCGACUUCUUCAAGCACCGUCCCCCGCGGCAGUGCGAUGAGAAGGACCUGGAGCGCAAGCCCAGCCUCCCGCUCACCCUCAGCGACCCCGACCGCAAUCACUACAGCUACCGGGGUGCCCCGUGAGCUGCAGCCCCGCCCCGCGCCCUCGCCCCGCACCGCUCCUGGCGCCGGGGGGACGGGGAUGCCGGCUCCGUGUCAACCACUGGCUCCUGGUGCCGCUUGCUGCUGCAGGUACCCGUGGGACAGUCCUGGCCACCCCCGGGCCCCCCCCCCCCCACCCCGGUCCCUGCAGUUCCUCCGUGCUUGCCGGUGCCUGGCGAUCCCCUCACUCCGCCCGUGGGAAGGGGAGGUCCUGGGUUCCCUUAUCCCGCCCGUAGGAAGGGGAGGUCCUGGGUCCCCUGUUGUGUCUGAGUCACACCUCGAAGCUGCUUUCCCAGCCCUCUGCGUGGAGGGAGGGGAGGGUGGCACGUGGGGGUGGAUUUAUCACGCUGGCAAACCGCACCGAGCCAAGAGCAAACGCGUUGGGAAGCCUGAGGUUUUCUGUGCUGAGUAUGUGUUGUUAUCCCUGUCAAAUUACCCAGCCUUAUGAGUACAAAUCCUCACAGGCACCCGGUGGGGGAGCUGGGGGGUGGGGGGGGGCAGGAGGACAGCUGCUGGGUUAGCAAUACUUUUUUGGAAAGGAUUAAAGCAAUCCAGAGCUUGUCUCUAUUCACUGAUCACCUUUAAAAGCAGUCCUGGCUGCCAGCAGCUGGCGUGAGCUGUCCAGGAGGAUCUUCUCCACUCUCCUCUGGCAAUGCCGGGAGCCAGAGCUCCCCACACACCUGCCUUGGGGAUGCACAGACCUUUGUCUCUCCUGCAGCUUCAGCUGAUGCUUUAGGGUGUGCAGGGUGGGGGGUAGUAGGGGAGAAGCUUUCUGUGGUAAAGGAAAAGAGAUGGGGAUAUGGAGCUGGACACAGGACUCCAGAAACCCUGGGAAGGUGGGGAAUGGACCCCGGAGCAGUCCCCUCGCUGACACACAGCUGCCUCCAGCACUGGAACACUGUGGGCCUCUUUUAAACUCCAUGCAUUUUCAUUAUGAUGUGUUUUUGUAAAAAUAUGUUUUUUAAAUUAGAUCAUC